CAUAUGGCUCCGGGUCUGAUCUGAUCGCUCAGCAGCAACAGUAAAGCUGCAGAUUUCCAAAGACAUCAUCAACUUUUCAGGCUCCUCUGCGCGUUCCCGGAUCUCAAAACAAGCGCGCGCGACCGUAUGUCGGAGCGCGCUCGUCGCGAGGACGCGCACUCCAGUGGAGCUCUCAGCUAGACAUGGCGGCGGAUCCAAAGCCGGACUGGCUCAGCUGUCUUCCCUCUUCUUGGAGUUAUGGGGUGACUCGGGAUGGACGCAUAUUCUUCAUUAACGAAGAAGCAAAGAGUACAACCUGGCUGCAUCCUGUUACAGGGGAGGCUGUGAUCACAGGCCACAGGAAAACUCCAGAUUUACCAACAGGAUGGGAGGAAGGAUACACGUUCGAGGGAGCUCGCUGCUUCAUCAAGUGAGUGGGACUAUCUGUGACCGUCCGGGGGGGAAGGAGCAGAUUUUUGCUGCUCCUGUCUCAUUAGUGCCCACCGCCAUGCUGCCUCUCUGCCUCACCGCUCGCACUGGAGCCUCACACUGGGAUCACUGGGGAAGGGGAAGGGGGAACCCGGGCCUCCAUCCCCUGCAUGUUUUGAGGUGUUUCCCUGCUUGAAGGAAACAGGUCGAAAGGAACGUCAUUAGCAGGCUUCUGCAGAACACGGGGGACGAGCUGAGUAGAUGUUCUGCAUCAGUCGGGUCACCUUAUACCCACACAGCUAGUUUUAUUGGGUCUUAAUGUGACAGAACGACAUAAAGUCUCGCAUAUCCGUGAAACAUAAGAAACGUGAUUCGUGGUCUGGCCUUGUGAUUGAUUUAAUUUCACUUCCCAAAAGACGCGAGGACCGGGGC